AAACCCGUAGAUAUGUGGCUGUCGCUUAUCUUUAUUGCCUGUCUAGCCGGCGCAAGCAGUGGAUCUUUGGCUGCCGAUGAGAAGAACCCGGUGGAGAAGGGAUUUGUGCCCCGCUACACUCCGGUGGCCGAGGGCAAGCGACAGGAUCUGAAUUUACCCACUGAAGUAGGCAUCGAGCAGCAAAAGAGACCUCCUGCUGGCGAUAAGAAACCCUGGCGACGAGUGCAGUACGGAUACGAAGGAGGGCCGACGGCUGCCUGGGCUGCUCCUUCACCUCCAGCUGCCAUACUGUCCAUCCUGAAUCCUCUGCUUGCACCGGGAUUGCUUCUUUUGGGUGUGAAUUUGGGAGCUCUGCUGUACAUGCUGCUGGGACUCCUGGGAAUGGCUCCUUAUCGCAGUGGCAGCGCCAGCCGGUUAGCCUCGCAUCCGGAAACCAACUCCCAAUUCUGGCCGGACGAUCAUAGCUUCUACCACCGAGACGAUAGACACAAUCUGGAUGAGGGCAAGGAAACGGCUGUGUAUUUUUAGUUAUAGCGCGUAACGCAAGGCUUUCUUUCAUUUUAUCAAAACAAAUAUAAAAAAGUACAUAAAUAAAUUCAAGGUUAAGUAA